AUGGAAGAAAAUUAUCUGAUAAAUGCCUCUGAAGGUGUUCUGCUGGAACAUGGACUGUCCGUUACCAACUGUCGGGGUAAAAAGCUGGAGGAACUCGUCGUUUUACACUUAGGCAAGCUGCUCUUGAAGGGGGUGAAUCUUCUACAGCAUUGUACGUCUCUGAAGUUCUGCACCUUGGCUGAUAACUACAUUACAGACAUCAGCGCUCUCCAAUCAUGUGUACAUCUUGUUAAGUUGGACUUGCAUGGAAAUCAGAUACAGAAUAUUCCUGGGAUGGAAUUCUGGAGACAUCUGAAGGACCUGAAACUGCUGUACCUGCACAACAAUCGCAUUGGAAAUCUGAGCAAUGUGCAAUCCUUAUCCGCUUGUCCUGCACUCUUAGGUCUCACCCUCUAUGACACGCCACUGAGCUUGCAGAAAAACUACCGUCAUAUCGUGGUCAACAGUAUAUGGUCACUAAAAGCCUUAGACCACUUUGUUAUUUCCGAUGAAGAAAUUAUCGAGGACUGGACCCUGCAAGGCAGAUUCAAAGCACUGAGCCCUGAACUGCAGCUGAACAUUGUACCUGCUCCUAACAAGGAGAUCUCCGUGCAGAGCGAAAGCAAAGAUACGAGCAGAAUCAUUACAAAAAUCAAUUGCAUUCUGGCCUCCUCUUCUCCGGUGCUAAUUGUCCAGAAAUGGAUACGAGGGUAUUUAGUGCGGCGGAGAACGGGCCUUAUUUUUCAGCCGGGGAAGCGGAGGACAAAAUUGCAUUCCCAGCGGAAGAGAAGUCAGGAGGAAGAUGGGAGGAAACCUCUAGUAAAGUCCGGAUUGAUAGAUAACGUUACGGACCUCCGAAACGGCGGAAAAAUGCCCGCCAUUAUACAGGUCUUACCUGAAGCAAAACUGACCCAUGAGCUUAGGAAGCAAAAUCAACAGCAGCCUGCUCAAUGUGUCAUUGAAUGUGGACAUGAGAAGUACAAAAAUGACACUGCAUUAAAAACAAGCAAGGAUCGAGAUUCAGAUUCAGAGCAAGUAAAUGAGAACGAAUUCAGCCUUUCCGGGCUAAAAGCAAUUUUCCAUGAAUCUAAAGAUCUGUUAUCCAAUGAAAAGUCAGCAAGAGACAUCCGUGCUUCCAUUCGAGAAAUCCAUUCAACAAUAGAAGCCAAACGGGAUGCAGCAAAUCUGGUGAAAGAUCCUGUGGCUAAGAGGCGUUCCAUGCAACACAGCCAUUUAGUUAACCUGUUGCCAUUAUAUGCUAUAGACAAGGCUUAUGAGAAUCAGAAGAAAAAUAAUAAAGUAAUCCAAAAAAGAAAUUUGGUUGUUCAGAUGCAAGCUGAUAAAAAACAAGGAAAAUAUCGUAUUGAAGAGUUUUUGGCGGCAAAAAGAAAACAAACCAUGACCCAAAACCAGAUAGACUGCGAGAAACUACAGCAAAGUGCACAGUACAAUCUCCUGGAUAAAUCCAACAUGGUUGACAACGUCAAAUAUCGGCAUAAACAAUUUCUUUAUGGAAAGGAGGCCAGAAAAUUAGAAAACAUAUCGGCCAGAGAAUUUAACACCCAGCACACUUCUGUGACCAAAACUUUAAUGAGGCAUGAUCGGCUAAUAAGGUCUCAUGAAGAAGUGCAAGGGAAAAUGAAAUUUGUGCAGGGUUUAAAAGAAGACCAGGAAAAGCAGAAAAAGUUCAUCAGACGUCUCCAGGAACACAGGCAGCUGGUGCUCCAGGUUGAAAAUGCUUCGGAAAAGUUUGCCCUGGACUCUCUCAUUCUUCAGAAAGCCAAUGGCAGGUUGCAGGAUGCCCAAGGUCAUGUCACAGCCAUGAAAAGUCAGCAUGUUAUAGCAGAAGCCAUGGAUAAAGUCCCUGUCAAGCAGCCUGUUCCCAAGGAGACAUAUCUAAAACACUGA